AUGACACAUCGCCUUUCUAGGUAUAAUUUUGAUGAUAGCUUAGAAAAUUUACCAGAUGAGGGUGAAUUUGAUGAUGAAGAAUAUGAAUCUAUUCCUAUUUGUAAUAAAAAUGGAUUAUGUACUUGUGAAAGAAGUAAUGAAAAUACAGUAGAUUGUCGAAAAGGAUCUUUUGGUACUCAUAAAAAUCCUCUAGAUACUGCUAAUCUUGAAAUUAAAGAAAAAAAUUUUUUACCAUUUAGAGUACUUUUACAGCAUAAUGUUAUAACAACACUUGAAAAGUCUAAAAUUAUUCCUAAUUAUGAAAAAGAUAUUGUUGAGAUGGAUUUAAGCUACAAUCAUAUUCAUUCAUUAGGACCAUAUUUAUUUUCUGAUUUCAAAAAGUUAAAAGUUUUAAAAUUAUCACAUAAUAGAAUAACUAAAAUAUCUCCAUUUACUGGUUUAUCAUCAUUACAUAAACUUCAUCUAGACAAUAAUAUUCUUGGAACAUUACCAAAAAAUGUUUUUGAAUCAUUAAAAAAUUUAAAUGAACUUGUACUUGAUGGUAAUGAAGCUAUAAAUUUAAAUAAUGGAAUUUUUUCAAAAGGUCUUGAAAAGUUAACUAUUUUAAGUCUUGAUUUUUGUGAAUUAACUGAAAUACCAGCAAAUGCUUUUGAAAAAUUAGUAAGUUUAAAACAACUUUCUUUAAGAGGAAAUCCUCUUUUAAUGAUACCACCAGCAAUAGAUUACAUUCCUCAUUUAUUAAUAUUGGAUAUGUCAGAAACAAAUUUACCUGAAAUUGAAAGGAUGUCUUUAAAGAACAAUCAUGAAUUAGAAGCAUUAUUUAUGCAAAAUAUGAAAUAUGUCUAUAUGAUAAAUGAUUGUGCAUUUUGUAAUUUAAAAAAUAUUAAGAAAAUUGAUUUUAGUAAUAGUUCACAUUUAUAUAGUAUCAAUAUUAACGCAUUUGGAAUGGAAAAUGAUAGUAAUUUAGUUCCUCAAAAUUUAUCUGUUAUUAAUUUUGAAAAUUGUAAUCUUACAACAUUUGAUUCAAAUUUAUUAUAUUGGGAAAAUGUUAUGUCAUUAAAAAUAUCAGGAAAUCCAUUAGAAUGUGAUUGUAAUUUAGCAUGGUUAAUUAAUAAUAAAAAUUAUCACAAAACAUUUGGUGAUAAAUUACCUAUAUGUAAAAGUCCAGAAAAAUUUAAUGGAACACAUAUUCAUGAUGUUGUAAUGGAUAAAUGUACUUUAUAUGAAAAACAUUCUAUAUGGAUAAGAUUUAUUGUAGUUUUUUUGAUAUUUUGUGGACUUAUUAUUAUUUGGUUAAUCUGUUCUGGAAACUUAAAUUUGAUUGGAAAACGCAAUAUUGAAAUACCAGAGAUGGGUUAUAGAAAUUUAGUUGUUACAUGUGAAGAUGAAAAUCCAUUCGCAAACGGUGAAGAAAAAGAAGAAGUAUAA